AUGAAGUCGACGACGCUGGCUAAGAUCCGGGUCCUUCUCGAAGACGAGGAGAACGACGACUCCUCGCACCUCACAGAAGAAAAAAAGCCGGGACGUGAUGAUUGGGUUCUACCAACGGUUCAGGGGCGUUCUCUCGGUAAAUGA